AGCGAAAACAGACAAGCGGAGAGUUGUACAUCAACUUUCUCAUCAGUCGUGGGCACAGUCCUUGAAUUCUCCACCCAACGACAAUGAAUUGAAAUACACACAUAUAUGUAUAUGUAGAUAUACACAUACAUACAUGCAUACAUACAUAUAUGGUUGUACUCACACGUUGUUAAGAUCCCCUUAACAACAACACGAAGAGUGGUGGGUGGCCGAAUGUCGCCAGCCAUACUGCCAUGGCAUUUGGCGCCCCGGCUCGGGGACUACUCCACCAUGUCUGUCGACAUUUGGCUGGCAGACUGGCUAUCGUAAAUCCAUAGCAGUGAAGCUUACAAGCGAUUCCUACGAAUUUUGUGUUGUCCUUUAUUUUAGUAUUUUAUUAGCACCGUAACGGCAAACACUUAUUUUGUCUCGCUUUGUGUCUUUUUUCGUAGCGACCUCAAGCUUUGUAUCUAGAAGGCGCAUGGGACAUGUCAUUUCUUUCUCCGUCGCUGAGACUAGAAAAUUUGUCUACAAAGCCAAUAAUGAGCUUGGAUCACUUGCCUGAGGAAAAACGGUACAACAAAAACAACAUUGUGGCCAAGUGGUGUGCGCCUAUCAAUGGCAAAAUGUAUCGCAUCGAACUGGAGCAUGGUACGACCAGUGGUCGACGCAUGAUCUGGGUCAAUGGAAAGGAAGUCUUAAGGCGUGACUGGAUGUUUAAACUUGUCGGUGAGGACACCUUUUACAUAGAUCAGGCCCGUUGCAUUAUACGAGUAGAUCCGGCACCGGGCUUCAGAUACGAAUAUUUGCUAUAUAUUGAUGGCAAAUCUCUCGACCAAUACACCGAUGAGCAGUCAAAACAAUAUCGUCUGUGGGUGACAACGAUUAACGGUAUCCAAUAUAGGAUAAUGCUAGACCUGGACACAUUGAAUCUGUAUAUCAACGAUGAACUAUGCCAAGACACGGCCGAAUUCGUGGAGGGUGGAACCAAUACUACCGUUCUCCACAACGAUGUUGAAUUCAUAUUACAAACCCGAUCAAGUGGCAAUAAACACAGUGGAAUCCGCCACACACUGCUGGCGAAUCACGUCGAAAUACCCGAGGCAAAAAUCCAGGAAAUAAUGCAGGAACCUUGUUCUAUACUCUCAACCUAAUCGGAGCUGCACAGAAGAGCUUUGCAUGUGCUGCUGGUGCCUUCAGACAAAAAACUUACGAAAAAAUUAACAUUUAUUUAUGAAAUUAAAAUAGUAAUAAUUAAAA